UUUCUAAUUAAAUUUUAAGCGAGACCAAAAAUUAUAUGCAAUCACAUACCCGAAUACCCGUCUCUAGUAUCUUUGGUUUGCCCAUCUGAUUCGGGCUGGAUUGAUAUUAGUUUUACAACUUUAUUUUCAUUAUUCAUGACGAGUCAAAAUCGAUAAUCGCUUCAGAGUACCCAAACCCACUUCGUCAUUCACACCGAUUUGUUGAGCAGCAGCAUAUCAGAAAUCAGAAAUUGAAGCAAAAGAUGAGCAUGUACGGAUUCGACGCGUCUUUCUACGAUUACGGGUUUUCCGAUCCGGCAAUCACCAGGUCCUUCUAUGGAAACCCGAUUGACUUUGACGACGACCUUUAUUUUAGACGACGGCCGCCUGUUAUUAGGCAGACGCCUCCAACCGAAACCCUGCCGGAGCAAAAACGUCACGACGGCACUUCUCCGCUUCCUCUAGGCAUGGAUUGGAGCCUCCCCCCACGUCUCUGGGAAGGAAGAAAUACUGUCUGGCCCCAUGAUUCACACAAGAAAUGGAGUUACUGUGUCACAGUUCCUUCAUGGACUAUUGAAGCAGACGGUUCAGACACUGUGUUUUUCAAAGUUCAGGUUGGUAUACAAUCACCAGAAGGAAUCACCUCAACUCGACAAGUACCAAGAAGAUUCAAUGAGUUCUUGAAGCUCUAUUCUGAGCUUAAGAAGGAAUUCCCUAAGAAAAAUUUACCGCCAGCUCCUCCAAAGAGGCUUACGAAAAUGAGAAGCAAGACACUUUUGGAAGAGCGACGGUGUGCUUUGGAGGUGUGGAUGGAGAAGCUAUUGUCGGAUGUUAAUGUAUCUAGAACUGUUUUUGUCGCAAUCUUUUUGGAGCUAGAAGCAGCUGCAAGGCAAUCGUGUUCCGAGUUGAAUCUGGAUGGUUCAGCUGCAACCUCUGUACCGUCAGAUCAGUUUCUUUCCAAUGCAACUUCUUUAAUUGGGAGCAGUUCAUCCGUUACGUCUGAUCUGGAAAAUAGAUGUGCUGAUGAAACAUCUGAAGAUCAGAAUCAUGGUGAACCGAACAUGGUACGAGAAAGAUCUAGUGAUAUGCAAUGGGAUUGGGAAGAACUUACGAGAAAGUGUAUGGAAUUGGAGCUGAGAUUAACAAUUGAACAGGAUGCUAGAGCAUAUGCAGAAUCAUUUGCAGCAACAAUAAUCCAGCAGAAUGAAAUGUUAAGAAAAGAGUUGGAUGAUGUCAAAAAACAAGUUAAAUCGCUUGAAACAAGUCAUUCAGAAUUAGAGCAGGAGCUUAACAAACGAUUGAAAGAUAAAGUCGAACUAGAGAACGAGAAGCAAGAAGGGCGGCUGGAAACGCUCAUCAAGGAAACUGUUGAAGCGUGUACCACAAUGACCGAUGAAACAACGAUAUCAUAAACAAGAAGCAAGAAAGGUGGCUGGAGGCGCUCGUUAAGGAGACUGCUGAAAUGUACUACCCUUAAUGUAUCAUAUGUAAACAAAUGCAUAACUUGUUGAAUACCAAGCAAUAAUAAUGUGUAACAUCUUUAUGACCAUAUCACAAGUUUGGCUUUGCUUUUCGGAAUAUGAACUGUGAAAAUCAACAAUUGCAUUUGUACCAACAGCAACAAGAUAAAUCAUAUUACACAUUUAACGGA